CACCUCAGUGUCGUCAACAUUACAGUAUCUCCGUUGUAACACUUUCUGUGACUACUCCUCAUCAUGGCUGCACUCUGUAGAUUGUGCAUUGUCUGCAUGUUAAUUUACUUGCAGGUAUGUAGUGGUAGCCCAUUUCUCAAAUUCGCCUUUCAAAGACGCCCCGCCGCUACCGCUGUUGCCGCUCCGACCACCCAGCCCCAAACAACGACCCCUGGCCAACCACAAAAUUCAUCCCCAGUAUUGUGGCCGCUGUUACAAGCCUUCAUACAGAAGAAGCGUACAGAUUUACAGUUGUUGAUCACCGCUCUGACUCAGACAUUGAAUCAGCAGAACUCUGGUCAGAUACCUCCAGCUCAAGCUGGUCCUCUACAGAAUCUUCUUGCAUCCUUGCAAGCAGCUGCUCAAGGCCAGCAAGGGGUUCCAGGUCAAUCUGUGGCUCCUGGGGUAGCUCAAAAUCCAGGGCAAGCUCCAGGACAACAAGUUCCUGGCCAACAAACUUCGGUUCAACAACCUUCACCCCAACAACCUUCUCCCCAACAGUCUCCAGUUCAACAGACUCCAGCUCAACAGACUCCAGUUCAACAGACUCCAGCUCAACAGGCUCCAGCUCAACAGGCUCCAGCUCAACAAAAUCCAGUACAAACUCCAGCAACUGCAGGCCAAGCUCCUGCAGCACCACAAGGUCAAGCACAACCUCAAACUCAACCUCAAGGCAAAUAAAAUAUUUAACAAACAAGAACCUGAGUUACAUUAUCAUUUGUGUUGAAUGGUCACCAUUUUUAAUCAUUGUCAAACACAAUGUUUAUAUAUAUUGCAAUAUUUAUAUUU